CAACAUUUUCCACUUGGAUCGUCAUUCCCGAGGUGUACGUCGUGCGGUCGGUCGCCCGACGCGGGGUCGUGAGGACGAGGGCAUUUCUGAAGUGGCGCUGGUCAUGGCAGCGACUCCAUCGACGACAGCAAGGAUGCGACCGGUUUCGAGGACUUGGUUGAGGUCGGGUGGAAACACGUGUCGGCCCCGCCUCUCGCGGUUGUGCCCAUGGCCCGAGCAACGGCGGUGCAGGUGGGAUCGUCGUGAUGGCGACUCAGUUUAGCAUCCGUGCGGCGGACACCCACGAUUUCAACCAAGUACACCGAGCGUUGGCCGCGGAUACGGCGUCCCGUUGCGGCGUAUUGUUUGCGACAGAUACGUUUGAGCGAUAUGGUGGCGCUUUCAAACCGGGGAUGGCCAUGCGACUCGGCGCGGACGCGACCUUGGUGCUGUGCGAGCCCAACGCGGGCGGCCGCAGCGAAGUGUCCGAGGCACUGUCGAUGGAGUACAUGCACUGGCAAUUUGGCGCAACGGACGUCGUCACGGAGAUGCAAAUUCAAUACUGGAGCUCGAAUUGGAAAAAAGUCGACUACCUGUGCAGCAUUCGCGGCACGCGCGUCGCCGUCAGCGUCACCCGGGCCAUGCUGUUCAAACAAGAGAUGGCAUUUGGACGACAGGAGGCCACGGCCCUGCUACGCAAGAAACUGCACGGCCUCGUCGUUGCCAAGGUCGGCGUGUGCCGCCGGCACUCGUACGACAAGUCUGUGCUGCAUAUUUGGUGCCAGACGUUUGCCAUCGCCACUGCGAUUGCCGCUUGCUACGAGAGCGUUGCCAGCGAGUUGGGCAUCACGAAAAACGUUAUUUUGAUUGCCACCGUCGCUGCCACCGAGCCAUCCAUAUUCAUCAACGACACGCGCGCCGUCAUGAUCUAACGAACGGAGCACGACACGUAAUGUUGUCAUGUGUGGUGGUGUGCCAGACGAUUGCCGAUCGCUGUGGCUUGUGCCUCGGCGCCGUCGAGCGGGGGCUUCACCACGGGUGCCGACGGUAUGUGCGUGCGUGUUUCAGCAGACGCCUCGCAACGACGCUCGGUCUUGACUCGAGUAGCAGAAACCAACUCGCUGCUCCACCCAGCGCUGCACUGUAUCACUGGGCGAGGUCGUCCUCGCUCGAAGCGCGUGCACGAGCAUUGUUUCCAUGGCAUGCGAGCGCCAAGCUCCAUUCCACCACGCAGGAUGGCCGCUGCCGCCGCGAGAAGCUGCCCGUUGAUACCACAACAGUGUCACGGGCAAGAUGCAGGAUGGCGUGUUCGAACAAGUCGAAUCGAGCAGGCGCGAGCCGAUGCCACGUGAAUGACGAUAAUCCCAGUCGAGUUGAAAAAACGAGAUGGUGUUUAGAGCAGCGA